AUGAAUCGUGUGCUGUUUUUUCUUCUCUUUGUGCUGAGCGUUGCUUGUGUGGGUGCUGUAACUGCUGUGGAGCCAUCAGGGCAGGCUGUUGAAGAGCGCGAUCCUGAAGUGCAUGCGGAACUUCGUGAAGAUUCUGUUGCUUCGGAGGCAAAGUCAAGAGAAGGAUUGGAAACGACACAAGGUCUUGCUCCUGGUCCUGGCCGCAGUGAACUUGUUGGAGAUCCUAAAGGUCCUGAAGCGGAUCUGAAGGGCCUAGAUGUGGAUUUGAAAGGGCCUAAGGUGGAGGUGGAUCCGCAGCAUCAAAGAGGGAAAGAAGAACGUCCUGCUGUAGACACUCAAGAAGUUGGAAACCUGCCUGAGAGGGGAAAUCACGCAGGAACAAGUCCGAACCAUCAGACACAAACUUCUGAUUCUGAAACUACUUCACGUUCUCCUGAUACUCCUUCUUCAGCAGUUCUUCCUACUACAUCACUUACUGAUGAACCCACAACUGUUGGUGACACAUCGCCCCAACAGAUACCAAGUGGUGAUCGUUCACAAGAUAGCAGUGAUCAGAGAGUUAAUGAACAAGGUGACAACACACAGAACACAAACACAACAAGGCCAGAAAAUAAUGAUGGAGAGGACUCUUCUGCUUCCACAACUUAA